GCCUCUGCGGCAUAACAGAGGGACUCAGCACAGGGACCCUGGUGGCUGUGCCUUCAGCUCUUUCCUGGGAGCCACAAAGCCCAUUUGCUCCUCCGCAACUUGAGCCUUCUCUGUUCCUCUUCUGGAGCCCAUGCGCCACAGCGAGCGAGCAAGCGAGUGAGAAGGGGGAGAGAGGGAGUCUGUCUGCAAAGUGCUGCUCCCUGGUGCUCAGAGGCGGCUGCUCCAGCUCCAGCUCCAACUCUCAUUCAUUUUGCCGGUUAACAUGAGAGAUCAUGGCCGCCUUCGGGCUUCUCAGCUAUGAGCAGAGACCGCUGAAACGCCCCCGGCUCGGGCCGCCGGACGUCUACCCGCAGGACCCCAAGCAGAAGGAGGAUGAACUCACUGCUGUGAAUGUAAAGCAAGGCUUCAGCAAUCAGCCGGCCUUUACGGGAGACGAACAUGGCUCAGCCAGAAAUAUUGUAAUUAAUCCAUCAAAGAUUGGAGCUUAUUUUAGCAGCAUAUUAGCUGAGAAACUAAAGCUGAACACUUUCCAGGACACCGGAAAGAAGAAACCACAAGUUAAUGCUAAAGAUAAUUAUUGGCUGGUUACCCCUCGAUCGCAGAGUGCAAUUCAUAGUUGGUUCUCUGAAUUAGCAGGAAAUAAGCCACUUGCUAUUUUGGCAAAAAAGGUUCCCAUCCUUAGUAAAAAAGAAGAUGUUUUUGCAUAUUUAGCUAAAUAUUCAGUGCCAAUGGUUCGAGCAAUGUGGCUUAUCAAGAUGACUUGUGCCUAUUAUUCUGCUAUUUCUGAAGCUAAAAUUAAGAAACGCCAGGCUCCUGAUCCCAAUUUGGAGUGGACACAAAUAUCUACCAGGUAUCUUCGAGAGCAGCUGGCCAAGAUUUCCGACUUCUACCACAUGGCUUCCAGCAUGGGUGAUGGCCCUGUCCCUGUGCCCCCAGAUGUGGAGCAAGCCCUGAAGCAGUGGGAGUACAACGCAAAGCUGGCAUUCCACAUGUUCCAGGAAGGAAUGCUGGAAAAACAUGAAUAUUUGACAUGGAUCUUGGAUGUUUUAGAAAAGAUCAGACCAAUGGAUGAUGAUCUUCUUAAACUCCUGUUACCAUUAAUGCUUCAGUAUUCAGAUGAAUUUGUUCAGUCGGCCUACCUGUCUCGUCGUCUUGCCUACUUUUGUGCCCGGCGUCUUGCCUUGCUGCUGAGCGAUAGCAGUGGCCUCCUCACUGCCCACUCGCCCCACAUGAUGAUAGGACCAAACAAUGCGAGCAUUGGGGCCCCCAGCCCCGGCCCCCCCGGCCCUGGCGUGAGCCCCGUGCAGCUGGCCUUCUCAGACUUUCUGUCCUGUGCACAGCACGGUCCCCUCAUUUAUGGACUUAGUUGUAUGUUGCAGGAUCUCCAAGUGGGUACUGCAGAAAGUUUCGAAAUGGAGUUAGUAGUGGUAGUGGCAGUGCCCAGUGGAUUGGGGAGGUCUGGUAAGAAGGUGGCUGAACUUGUCUUCGACAGUAUGGUGGUGUCUUUGAUGAUCAGUCAGAUUUUGGAUGGGUUUAAGAUUAUGAGGACAGAAAGCUUCCAGGAUAUUGUUCAGCACAAAACUGUCACUCUCUGUUGCCCAAGUGCCUUAGUGUGGAAUUAUUCCACAAACGACAGUAAGAGCGUGAACCCAGGCUCACCCCUGGAUCUACUGCAGGUGGCGCCCUCCAGCCUCCCCAUGCCAGGCGGGAACACGGCCUUCAAUCAGCAGGUUCGGGCAAGGAUUUAUGAGGUAGAACAGCAGAUAAAACAGAGAGGCCGUGCAGUGGAAGUUCGGUGGUCUUUUGACAAGUGCCAAGAGUCAACAGCAGGGGUCACCAUUAGCCGGGUUUUGCACACAUUGGAAGUGUUGGAUCGACACUGUUUUGACCGAACUGAUUCUAGCAAUUCAUUGAGACGCUUUAUCAUAAGAUUUUCUGGCCGCACCAAAAUAAAGAUAACCAAGAGGUAG